AUGACGCAAGAGAACUCGCCAAAAGCCGAGGGCCAGUCCUCCACCCCAACAACCCCAGCCUCGAGUCGUGAUGAAGCUUUUACCCCCACGAACACGACCAGGCCCUCGAUAUGGCGACGUGUCUGCGACAUCGUCUUCUGGGUGCCGCCCAACUGUCGCUGGGAUCCUGACAAUCCGCCCGGCUUCUCCAUGUCGUUGAAUUUCCUCUUCGCAUUUGCCGGAGCCUUUACCGUUGCCAACUUGUACUACAACCAUCCCAUCUUGAACAUCUUGGCAGAUGACUUCAAUGUCACGUACGAACGCGUGGCGCAGAUCCCGACGGUAAUGCAGGCCGGCUACGCCGCGGGGCUGCUGUUUCUGUGUCCCAUGGCAGACAUGGUGAAGAGACGGCCGUUCGUGACCGGACUGAUGUUUUUCACUGCAACCGUAUGGAUCGGCUUAUGCGUGACACAUUCCCUCACCGUCUUCUCCGUGCUCUCUUUCGUCGUCGGCGCCACCACCGUAACCCCGCAGCUCAUGCUCCCCCUCGUCGGCGAGCUAGCACCACCCCACAAGAAGGGCGUCUCGCUCUCCAUCGUCACCUCCGGCCUGAUGCUCGGCAUCCUAAUCGCCCGCCUCCUCUCCGGCACCAUCACCCAGUACGCCAGCUGGCGCUCCGUCUAUUGGAUGGCUCUCGGGCUCCAAUACCUCGUCUCCCUCCUCCUCUGGGCCUUCAUGCCCGACUACCCCUCGACCAACCCCACCGGCAGCGACACCAAACUCGCCUACCUCCCCCUCCUCCGCUCCAUCCCCGUCCUCCUCUUCCGCGAACCCGCCCUCCUCCAAGCCUGCCUCAUCUCCAUCUUCACCUCGGCCACCUUCACCGUCUUCUGGACCACCCUCACCUUCCUCCUCGCCGGCGCCCCCUACCACCUCUCCCCGCUCUCCAUCGGCCUCUUCGCCCUCAUCGGCAUCGGCGCCAUGCUCUUCGGGCCGCUCUACGCCCGCCUCAUCACCGACGCCUUCGUCCCCUGGCUCGCCGUCCUCCUCGGCGAGCUCCUCGCCCUCGCCGGCAUCCUCAUCGGCACCUACGCCGGCACCCACACCCUCGCCGCCCCCGUCCUGCAGGCCUUCCUGUUCGACCUCGGCUUCCAGAGCGCCCAGGUCGCCAACCGCAAGGCCAUCUACGCCAUCGCCCCGCACGCCCGCAACAGGGUCAACACCGUCUUCAUGGUCUUCACUUUCUGCGGCCAGCUGAUGGGCACCGCCGUGGGCAGCGCCGUCUAUCAGAGGCACGGUUGGGUCGCGAGCGGGAGCGUGAGCGUGGGCUUGGUAGGCGUCAGCUUGUGCUUUUGUGCCGUCAGGGGCCCGUGGGAGACGGGGUGGGUGGGGUGGGGUGGGGGGUGGGCGCUCAGGCGGCCGAAGGAGGAGGGGGGGGAGGUGCAGCAGCAAGGGAGCGGGGGCGUGACAGGGAGGAGCCCUGGGGGUGGUGAUGAUGAUGAUGAGGAGAAGGGGGGUGAGGAGAGGGUGUUGGAAGAGAUUGAAGUGGGAGGAGAUCGAACGGGGAGGGCCUGGUCAAGAGACGGAGGAAACGGUGGCGUCGACGAUGAUGAUGGCAUCGUGAGAAUAAAUGCGGAGAGUGAUGGGGAGAAGCGGUCCACGCUUACGGAGAAUAGCUUGUCUGUUCAGAAGUAG